AAUUGCAAUCCGAAAAUAGGCUUGGUGAGAAAGCCCCAUCACGCCACUUUCGGACUCUCCAUUUAAGGCCGAAGGAAAACUAAACCUACCACCAUAGUCAAAAAUCAAUGUCCUUAACCAAAUCGGACUUGGAAUCAACUCUAGCAACUGGCUUAUUUACAGCGCAAUCUCCUUUGGCAACAGAGAAAACCUAUAAAUCCCACCAUUUCUAUUGUUUCAAGCUAUUGUUAUUUUGAUCUUGAUCUCCAUUAAUUUCUUACAGUCAUAAUGCUUUCUUCGUCGGAGGAGACAGUUGCCCACAAUCGCCUACUUUCUCCUUGUGCUCUCUCCCUGUGUAAGUCGAUUUUGUUUAAAAAAGCUGAAGAUGAGCACCCGAUUGAUGGGCCCUUCAAAACUCUAGAUUUUGUUUAUGACCCGUUAGGUAUACAAAUUGCUGGUUCUUGUAAUGGUUUAUUAUUGUGUUCCAGUUUUAAAUAUUACUCACCUGAAGCAAAACAUUACGUUUUUAAUCCUACCACCAAUCAAUUUACUGUACUUCCUCCGCCAACUAAAAGUGCUAGUGGAAUUCGCGGCAAUUUUUUUAUAGCUUUUGAUCCUAUGAGAUCGCCUCAUUACAAAUUUAUUUGUGAGAGUCAGUGCAUGCUUUCUGAACCUGAUUUCCGGAUGGAGAUUUAUUCAUCAGAAACUCAGUAAUGGAAGGUUUCGGAUGCGGGUUUCACCGUAGACGAGUCAAGCAUUGCAAUCCAUGGUGUGUUUUAGAAUGGUGCUAUUCAUUGGUAUACUAAUAAAGGUCCAUCUUUUUAUUUUGAUGUUGAUGAAGAACAGGUCAAAGAAAUGCCAAUGCCUGCAAUUCCAGAUAAAAGUCAAUGGAGGAGGGUAGAGUAUUUCGGGGAAUGUAAAGGACAUUUAUAUCUGGUUGAGAUUGUCAAGUGCAGGAUUGAUCUUGAUGAGAUGAUCACAAGCUAUAUGGAUCCUUUAUUUUCUGAGGAUCAAGUGUUCCAAAUAAUGUACAUUGUCAAGGGAGAAAGUGAUGAUGAUGAUGGUUCGUAUUUGGUGCUGCGCAUUCCUACAAAAAUCAUAAGAUAUAAUUUGAAGGAUGACACUGUUGAGAAGCUUUGUGAUUUUAUUGCUCCUUUCGAUCCUGGGGAUGGAUUGUAUUAUUUGGAACCUUACUAUGCUUAUGAAUAUAUUCGGAGCUAUUCUUGUGUUUGACCGGGUACUUAAUCUUUUGGUUUGUUUCUUGCUAUAAUAUUCGGGGAGCUUAUUUCUGUCAAUGAACUACUAUGGAUGUAUUCUUAAAAUGACCACAUUUGUUGAGAUUACUGAACAAAAGAGCUGCGUUUUAAUUUAUGCAGGGAUGCUGUUUUUCUUGUCU